AAAGAAACUGACCAAGUUGCGCCACAAGCUUCUGCAUAGAGAGCCUGGUAACAAGAACGUGAAGUAAGCAGGCUUCGUCGAAAACAGUUCACCAUCUGCACCAAAACGAGGGAGUGAUGCAGAUUUUCCCAGAAAACCUGAGCAUAUUAUGGAACUUGUGGGAAAUCCGUGUUAUGGUGCUAUCAAGCCUCAUGUUACAGGCCAUUCUCAUGCUGUUCGGCAACUGGAGAAAGUUCUGCACCAGCAAAUGGCUCAAGUUACUGUGGCUUGCCUACUUGUCUGCAGAUUGGGUUGCAACAGUCUCGCUCAGCAUACUCUCCAGUUCCAGCAAUUCUAAGGAGAAUGGAAUCAAAUCUGUAGACCCUAACCAGGUUCUCUCGGCAUUCUGGGCUCCCUUUCUGCUGCUUCACCUUGGUGGCCAAGACACCAUUACCGCAUACUCAUUGGAAGACAAUGAGUUGUGGUGGAGGCACCUAUUAGUACUAGUGGUUCAGGUGACUAUAGCUUUUUAUGUCAUUUUAAGAGCUUGGACUGAUCAUGCGCUUAACUAUCUAGCUAUUCCAAUCUUUGCCUCCGGGAUUAUCAAAUUUGCGGAACGAACUUGGGUUUUCAGGUCUGCAAGCAGUAAGCACUUCAGAGAGUCUAUGUUUGCUGAACCUGACCCUGGGCCGAACUACGCCAAAUUCAUGGAUGAAUACCUAUCCAAAAAGAAUCAAGGAUUGGAGGUUAACUUAGGGAGAGUGAUUGAAGUUCCCACCGGAGCUGAUUAUUCCUUCACUCCUACAGCUCCCAACAUCAUUUCAAAUGCAGCCAAUUUGCAACAUGCCCAUCAUUUCUUCGAGGCUCAGUUUUUCAAGCGACUAUUUGCUGAUCUCGUACUCGGCAUCUCUGAAAUUUUUUACAGCCAAUCCUUCUUCAAGAACAGAUCCUCUGAUGAAGCUUUCAGAGUUAUUGAGAUUGAGCUCGGUUUUAUGUAUGAUUUGUUUUAUACCAAGGCAGUUCUUUAUAAUGCCAAGGGUGCCUUCCUGCGGUUUAUCAGUUCAGUUACAGUCAUUUCUGUUUCUGUGGCCUUCUUGAUCACCAUCGACACGCAUGAUUACAAAAGGGAAAACGUGAUCAUCACGUACAUAUUGCUAGCCGGAGCUGUCAUUUUAGAAGUCUCUGCUGGAAUUAAAUUACUUUGCUCAGAUUGGGCAAUGCUAUGGCUGAGCAAGUUCUGGGAGGUGGGUUUCUUGUAUCCAGUUGUUUCACCUCUCUUGUCUUCCUCUGCUCAGAGAAAAAGAUGGUCUAAUAUGUUUACACGUUACAAUUUACUGAGACCUUUUCUUGAGGAGAAGCCUGCAAAGAUCCCUUGGAGAUCCAAAAUGUCCAAGAAUCCAGAGGAGGUUCCUGGAGAGUUGAAAGAACUAAUAUUUCAGCAGCUUUUGAAGAAAUCAAAGAGUGCGACGGAAUUUGGUGCUUGCAAGGAACUAUGUGCUCGUAGGGGUGAUUGGGUUCUUAUUAAUGAGGGUCUUCAUGAGAAACUUCGCUGGAGCAUUGAAGAAGAAUUCGAUAAGAGCAUUCUUCUUUGGCAUAUUGCAACAGACAUCUGCUAUUAUGAUGAUAUGAAGAAGUACUCAAACAAGUUCCAUGACUCGAAUUGUGAAGACAGCAAGAUGUUAUCAGAGUAUAUGUUCUAUCUCCUAGUCAAGCGUCCCUUUAUGCUUCCCAAUGGGAUUGCAAAAAUCAGGUUGAAAGACACAUGUGCUGAAGCCAAUAAGUUCUUUGAACAAAGAAAUUGCACAAGAAACUACGAGCUGGCUUGCGAGAAUUUACUUGAGGUGAGCACUGUAAUUCGUCCGGCUGAAAUAAAAGGAGACAAAAGCAAGUCGGUGCUAUUUGAUGCAUGCAGACUUGCUCAAGCUUUGCAAUCGCUGGAAAAGAAGGAAAAAUGGGAGAAUACAAAGAAGUGGGAGUUAAUGAGUCAUGUAUGGGUGGAAAUGCUAUGUUAUGCAGCCAGUCAAUGUCGAUGGAAUCAUCAUGGUCAGCAACUCAGGCGAGGUGGAGAGUUGCUCACUCAUGUCUGGUUUCUUAUGGCACAUCUUGGAAUAACUGAACAGCGUGAAAAGGGUCAUUCUAGAGCUAUGUUUAAUGUUUGGUGAAAAGAACAGGCCAGCAAGCAAAAUAACAUGCUGGGAAAGAUAUUUCGACAGCAGAAGCGUACUAAUUCCUUUGUAGCUAGUCACCUAAUCAACAUGAUUCUUCUCCCUUGCAUUUAGUUUGCUCCCUUUUGCCUUUCAUCAGUGCCUUAAUUAGUAGGCUGGUAGCCUUGUGUUUCUGUAUAUCUAUCUAUGAAUGUGUGUUAAUGUAUGCAAUAAUAAGCCAUGUCCAUUAAUAUGAAUUCUUAUUGCAUUUUCAAUGGGGGUGAUGGUUUUAUCCUGCCCAUCUU